AUGAGUGACACUUCUAUGCAUACCCCGAACCAGACCCAAGGAGGAAAGAGCAAGGUUGCUAAACCUGACCUCUACUUCGGAGACUGCAACAAGCUUGAAGAUUGGCUUCUCCAAUUCAAUCUGUUCUUCAAGUUCAAUGAUGACAACAUCGAUGAUGAUGACAAGGCCUCCUUGGUUGCCUCAUACAUGAGAGGACAAGCUGCUAAAUGGGUCAAACUGUACCUCAUCAAGUAUAUGGAUGACAAGAAUGAUGAUGCUGAGAUUACCCACAUGUUCGAAGACUACUUGGUCUUUAAAGAGAAGAUUCAUCAGACCUUCGCUGUUACCAAUGAAGUGUCUAUGGCCGAACGGAAGAUUCAGCGACUUCGAUAG